CACAGCCGCUGCGCUCGUGGGAGGACGGCCCUCCCGCUUGGACAGAGCGCGCGAACGCACCCACACGUCUUUCACACAGUCGGCUGCUUAGUUAGCUAGCUGUUAGCUGUUAGCUUAGCUUAGCUUCCUUCACUCUGUGCUUCUAACAGCAGCGGGGCUCUGCGGGCACACCAGAGAGGAGCACCUCAGACUAACGCUUUGUGGCUCUCAAUUAUCCUAAAGUCUCUAAAGUGGACUAGCGGCUACUUAAGAUACCUGCACGAUGGCGGACAAGGAAGCAGGAGCAUUUGAUGAUGCGGUUGAGGAGAGGGUGAUCAACGAGGAGUACAAGAUCUGGAAGAAAAACACUCCCUUUCUGUACGACCUGGUUAUGACCCACGCUUUAGAGUGGCCCAGCCUGACUGCUCAGUGGCUCCCUGAUGUCUCCAGGCCAGAGGGGAAGGAUUACAGCGUGCACCGGCUGGUGUUGGGCACUCACACAUCUGAUGAGCAGAAUCACCUGGUCAUUGCCAGCGUUCAGCUACCCAAUGAUGACGCCCAGUUUGAAGCCUCACAUUAUGACAGCGAAAAAGGAGAGUUUGGAGGCUUCGGCUCAGUGAGUGGCAAGAUCGAGAUAGAAAUCAAGAUCAACCAUGAAGGAGAGGUGAACCGUGCCCGCUACAUGCCCCAGAACCCUUGCAUCAUUGCCACCAAGACCCCCACCUCAGAAGUGCUGGUGUUUGACUACACCAAGCACCCCUCCAAGCCAGACGCUUCUGGAGAGUGUCACCCUGAUCUGCGUCUCAGAGGCCAUCAGAAAGAAGGCUACGGUCUCUCCUGGAAUCCAAAUCUGUCCGGCUCUCUCCUUAGUGCGUCAGAUGACCAUACAAUCUGUCUGUGGGACAUCAGUGCUGUGCCAAAGGAGGGGAAGAUAGUAGAGGCGAAGACAAUCUUCACUGGUCACACUGCUGUGGUGGAAGACGUCUCCUGGCACUUGCUUCACGAGUCACUCUUCGGAUCUGUAGCAGAUGACCAGAAGCUCAUGAUUUGGGACACUCGUUCAAACAACACAUCCAAACCCAGCCAUGCAGUAGACGCCCACACAGCAGAGGUCAACUGUUUGUCCUUCAACCCUUACAGCGAGUUCAUCCUCGCUUCUGGCUCUGCAGACAAGACUGUGGCUCUUUGGGACUUGAGAAACCUGAAACUGAAGCUGCAUUCCUUCGAGUCACACAAGGAUGAGAUCUUCCAGGUUCAGUGGUCACCUCAUAAUGAGACCAUACUGGCAUCCAGUGGAACAGACCGUCGCCUCAACGUCUGGGACCUCAGUAAAAUCGGAGAGGAGCAGUCACCAGAAGAUGCAGAGGAUGGCCCACCCGAGCUACUGUUUAUCCAUGGUGGCCACACCGCUAAGAUCUCUGACUUCUCCUGGAAUCCCAACGAGCCCUGGGUCAUCUGUUCGGUGUCUGAAGACAACAUUAUGCAAGUCUGGCAGAUGGCUGAGAACAUCUACAACGAUGAAGAUCCAGAGGGUUCAACAGACCCUGAAGCUACAGCGUAACUUCCUCUUAACCUACAACCUCAUCACAAACUGCCACCUCCGUACUUCCAUGCAGCUACCGCUUCCCACCUUCCUUUCUCUACUUUACCGUGGGACACCGUAUGCUGUAAAUCACUGUAAAUACAAGAAAGACAAUAAUCAUGUUAUCCCUUUUUUCAAUACUCACAGUGAAGAACUCUCCUUUUAACUGAGUAACUUAUUCCCGGAAGAAUCUCGCUCAUGUGUGUCGCACUGCGCAGAAAAGAUAUAUUUUUGUAAUCAAAUUGGCUCUCCCUCGUACACUGAAAUGUUUUAGCGAACACCUUUUUAAUUAUAAAUUAAAUGCUCGUCUAGAACUGAAGAUGGUGAUCAUACUGAAAGCCCACACCAAGUGGUAAUUCACAAUAACCUGCUGUUAAAGAGUGUAAACAGCUCCCUCUGCACAUGUUGGAAAUGUUGCAGAAGAAUCAUGUUUUAAGUAAAAUGCAGUCCAGCAUAGUGACAGUUACUCAGACUGUGAUAGAGGUUGUUUGCAGGCUAACAUAUGGUCCUAAAAUGUCUCAUAUUUUCCCUGCUUCAGUCUGGUCAUCACCUAAUUGUUCUGGAUUUUUACACCGGCUGCUUCUGAAUAAAUUGACUCGGUUUUCAAAUGUCCAUUUGUGUUCCCACCUCCCCUCAUUGUAGUCAUACAUUAAUCAUUUAAAUGUUGUCGUGAUGUAGAUUAGCGGUUGAACUUUUUUUAUGUUCAAUAUUUUGUAAUUGUACAGUGAGUGCAUUCUUAAUAAAAUGUGUUUCAUUGGUC